UAAAUUUUAAAUUUGGUAGUUGUGAAAUAAUAAGGAUUUUUAUAUGAUUUGAACUAAAUAAUUAAUACUUUAAAAUAUUGACACUAUUGUUUUGGGAAAAUAAAAGAUUUAAUUAUAUCAUUUUUAAUUAUUUGAUUUGGACAUUUUAUUGAAAAUAAUUUAUAAAAUUUAGAGGUAAUGACCAAUUCGGUACCCGAAAGAUUCAAACGCUGACAUUUUGGUACCUAACUAUUCUUAUUGACAAAAAGGUACCUGAAUGAUUAAAAAUUUUGCCAAGCGUGUCCAUGUGCUUGCCGGAACAUAGCUCCGGUGAGUACGAUGCCUACGUGGACGCCGAUUUUUGCUGACAAGAUUAGUUUUAUAUUAGAUGGAAUUUGUAAUUAAAAGUAUGCUUAUCCUACCUGAAAAUUAAGUUAACCUAAUUGAAAAUUGGUUUUGCCCUAAUUUAAUUUUGUCCUAAAACCCAAUUAGCAAGUGUUGUUACUAGUUACUGAGUUACUGUGGUUAGUGUGUCACUAUUAGCGAAACUCAAAGGUCACGUAGAGAGAGAGAGACGUUGCUCUGGAAGCUUGGCGUGAAGAAGAACGAUAUAAGGCGAGAGACAUUGUCGAAUCAAGGGUAACGGUUCUCAAGUGGCAUCGUUGGAUCACCAUUCUUCGCAAGGAGCAACCCUACGAAGAGAUGGAUCGUGUAGUUACGUUUGUGUAUCAUCACAUGGGUUGCUUGAAAAAGGUUAGAGAUGGGAAUGUGAUAUACGAAGGGGGUUUAGUAAUUGAGAUACACAGGGUGAAUGUGGAGACAUGUAAUUUAUUUUUUGUUGAGGGGUUGUUUUUAGACCUGUGUUACCCUGGAUAUAAUGAGGCGUAUUGGCUAGAACCUGGUUUCGAAUUAGGUCAGGGUCUUAGAGUGCUUAGGACAGAUGCUGAAGUGAUGAGGAUGUGUGAAAGUGCAAUUAAAAAUGACAACACUGUCUAUCUCUAUUUUAAUCACCCCAUUGAUGCCAACCCUGAAAUCAUUGAUGACGAUGUGGUGUCUGAUGAUAGCAGUGAGAGUGUGGUUGAGGUCAAUCCACCUGGUAAUGAGAGGAAAACUGAAGUUGUGAAUGAAGAAACUGGCGAGGUUAAUCAGUUGAAUAAGGCUUUGACAGUUAUUGUGAAAGAGACUUUGAAUGAAGUUGUGAUUGAGAAGGCUGUUGAUGUUAACGAGUCGGAUAAAUGUGAGGGUGGUGUUAUGAAUGAUGAUGUGAAUCACGGGAAUGAGGAUAAAGAGACUGAACAACCUGCAGCUCCAGAGGUGGUUGUUAAGAGGGUGAAAAAGAGGCAUCCAAGACCACCACCCAGUGGUUUAUCACAAGAAAGAAGGGAUUGAUACCAGCAUUACAGGAUGUGAUGCCAGGUGUGAAACAUAGAUUUUGUUGUAUGCAUAUGUGGAGAAACCUGAACAAACGAUGGAAGGAUAAGGAACUUAAGGGAACAUUCUGGCAAUGUGCAAAAGCAACUAUUGAUCAAGAGUUCAAGGAUGCAAUGGCUAAUGUGAAACGGAUCAGUAAACAGGUGUGAGAGUAUUUGGACAAAUUUGAGCAAGAACAGUGGUCGUGAAGCAGGUUUUCUGAAUGACCAAAGGUAGAUAGUUUGACUAGCAACAACUGUGAAUCCUUUAAUUCAACCAUUGUGGGUCUGCGGGGCAAAAGCAUAUUGACAAUGCUUGAGGAGCUUAGGUUCUAUAUCAUGAGACGAUGACAACUCACAAGGACGCACUGAUGGCUUACACUGGCCAAAUAACCCCUAUACAAGUGAGUAGAUUAGAGAAGGAGAAAAAACAAGCUAACUACUGGGAGGCACAAUGGUGUGGUGAUGAUGAGCACAACGAAUUUAAAGUCAGAAAGUGGCAACAUAGAGUGAGGGUGAACACAAGAGAGAGGACAUGUUCCUGCAGAAAAUGGCAGCUGACUGGACUACCAUGUUGUCAUGGUAUUGCAGCAAUACAGAGGAAGAAUGAGAAGCCUGAAGACUAUGUCCAUCACAAGCUCACCAUUGAGGCAUACAACAGGACUUACCAGUUUCACAUUAAUAGCAUACCAAGUCAAGAGUAUUGGGAGCACCAUGAAGGGUUGCCUUGUCUGCCUCCUCCAUACAAGAGGCCUAUUGGCAGACCUUCAAAGAAAAGGAAAAAGAACAGCAGCGAGCAAAAUUCUGGGAGCCAAUACAAUGCCAAGAGAAGAUAUGGCCAGAUAACAUGUCAAACCUGCAAGAGAGUUGGACAUAAUAGUAGAACUUGCCCUGAUAGAUCAACUAGAGCAGCAGCUCAAGAAGAAGGAAUUGAUGAGGAUGAAGCUAGAGAGCAAGAAGCUAACUGGGAGGAGACCAUGGAGGCUGCACAUGCUACACAUAUUGCAGAUGAGGAAAACCUCACUCAAAACCACCCAGAAAGUCAGCCUGAUGAGAACACUGACCCUGAUGUCUACUCCAACAACUGCUGCACCCCCUAAUGCAGCCACUACACCAGCAACCAGCUCAGAACCAGCACCUCCAGUGACAAGAAGGCCAAUAGCACCAACACCACCAAUACCACCAACAAGAGGCAGGGGCAGGACCACUCGAAGAGGAACAACACCAAACUCAACAACACUUUUCACUCUCACACAAAAUGUUGCAGCUACACCACCACACCCUGCUCAACCUAGGGUUGUUAGGCAUGCUGCUGGGUCUAAAUCUCAGAUCCCAGCCACACCAACCAAUACUGCAGGACCAAGUAGUGGGCCUGGGUCAAUGCCACAAGGUCCUUUGGUUAGGCCCACUCUUCAAGCCCAACAUUCAGCCACAUCUAGGCCACCAAGUGUGACUAGAAAAAUCAUGGCAGCAGCGAGCCCAGCCACACAGAGCAGGUUCACAGGCUUCAUGCCCACCCCAUCCUUGAAGAAGAAAAAGCAAUCUGGACCAAAAGCAUCAAAGCCUUCAGCAAGCAACAAGAAGUGACCUUACUUUCUUGGGUUUUCAUUUUGUUAUUAGUUCCAUGUUGGACCUGAUGUAGAUACUAUGCACCUAAAUGCCAUUAUGGCAUGUUGAGUUUUUAGUUCAAUGUUAGACCUGAUUUAGUAGUACUUGUUAUGAACAUAAGUGUCAUUAUGUCAUGUUAGGUUUUUUUGGGGCUGUCUUGUGUUAUUUUGGGUCUGAGGUAUGUUACUCUUGAUACUUAUGGAUUAUGAUUUUAUGCUAUGAAAAAGGUGUUUUAUACA